GAAGACUCAAGUCUUCUAUAUUUGUUUGUUAUAUUCAUGAAUUUCAUGUACAAUAAAUGGAGAUAUAUAUAUAUAUAUAAUUGUUUAUUCGUCGAUAAAAUUGACUAAUUGGGUCUACUUGUUUUUAUGUCAAUGAGUCAGGUAGUGUGAUAGUUAGUGUCCCAUUCGGUACGCAAACGGGAGACGCUCUGUUUAAACGACUUAUCUCUCUCCCAAACCAAUUGUCUUCCUCCUCCUCCUACUCCUCCUUCCACUUUCCAUCAUUUUCUCUCUCUGCUUGAACGUGCUAGAAAAUGGCAGAAAAUCCAGAGUUGGAAAAUGUGGAUUCUGAUACUCUUAAUUCAUCUUGGGAAUUAGAAGAAACGGGUUCCCAGAAAAUUUCAGUUUCCGAUCAAACAAACAGCUUGCAAUACACAAAUAUGAAACAUGAUAGCUUCAUAGUUGACAUGGAACGCUUCCCUCAGCAGACUCAUAAAGACCUAAAUGCAAAUUCAAGAAUAACUAGGAGCCUUUCAAGAAUAGGGUCUCAGAGAGGUGGGGAGAAGAAGAUCAAGGAAAGUUCUGGCAAUGAGAGAGACGUUUUUCUUGGUACCUCUACACCAAGAGCUGCUCUAGGUGGAGCCAGCGUGCCAGAAAAGUCCAUGGUGGUGACAGUGGGGGCCACUGAUCAUCCUAUCAGCCCACAAGUCCACCACCAGAUCACUAUCAUAACCGGCGGCAACAUUAGCAGCAGCAGCAGCACCACCACCACCACCGAAAGCAAAUGUGGAGGCAAGAGAUUCAGUUUCAGGCGCUCUUCGCCCUCUUGCGCCAUUGACCCCAGGAAGAUACUUUUCUUCUUUGCUACAUUGUCAAGUAUGGGAACCAUAUUACUGAUUUAUUUCACACUUUCCAUGGGCAAGCUCAAUGGGGAUGGCGACGCUCUCAAUUGGUAACAGCAACAUAAACAAAAAGAACAAAGAUUAUAUCAUAGUUCGCGCUUGAUCAUGCUGGGACGACGCCAUGUUCUUGAACUAAUUCUUGCAAUGACAGACUUGUGACAAGAUGAUUGAACAAAAGCAAGGAAAAAAAGACCAUGGAAUGUUAAAACAGAAAAAGGCCAUGGCUUCAAACUUGGCACCUUUUCACUUUUUAUACUGGUUUUUUUUUUUUUUCUAUGAAAUCUUCUAGGUGGAAACAAGGACAGAGAGCACUAUGACAAUGGUUGAGAAUCUUGAUUUUUAUAUACACAUGUAUAGUAUAGAUCAAAACACAUGAUGUGCUUACUUUUUUUGCAUCUCUGCACAAGUCUAAUGGAGGAACAAUUUUAGUUAUUUAUUUUCUUUUCAUA